GCCAUAUUAAUCAUCAUGCCAAAAAUGUUCCGGAUUGGAUGUGGAUGUAUGAAAUUUUAUUUACAUGUCUCGGAGUUCGGAUUCCGUUUUCUGAUUUUCAACAAGAUGUCUUGAGGUUGUGUGGAUGUGUCCCUUCUCAGCUGUAUCCUAAUAGUUGGGCCAUCAUUCGAGGGUUUGAACUACUAUGUUCAUUCCUCGACUUUCCUAUCUCCACCAGAGUGUUUUUUUUUUUUACUUUUUUAACUUUGCUAUUUCUUUUGGUGCUUGUGGUCAAGGCUUCCUAUCUUUCCAAGCUAACCACAAUCAUAGAAUUUUCAACCUUUUUGAAGAAUCGCACCAUGGUUUUAAAGAAAAAUACUUCAAAGUUGAAAGGGUCUCUGGGUCCCAAGCUUUUUUCAUGACUUUGGAGGAUGAAAAAAGGUUUAACCUUUAUUGGAACUUUCACAUUGCUUCUCCAAAGAUUGAACUGAAAAGUGUGAACCCAAUAGAGCGUGACAUCAUUCACACUCUUCUUGGUUUAUGGAAUGAUAACCCUUUGGAUUUGAGGAUAAUCCUUGCUGAAGUGCAAGCUUCUAAAAAUGUUGUGGUUAAAAUGGCUGACAGAACUGAGGCCAUUAUUGCUAUGAGGCGAAGGUUGGGUACUAACACUGUCCCGACAAACACUGAAGACAUGGAUAUGAUUUAUUCUUUAGCUACCCAUAGCAAUCUUUCACCUCUAGAACCUCAGAAAUCAACUCUUGAUAUCGAAAUCUUAUAUUCCCAUCCUCCUUCGAGCUCUCUAGUGAGAAAGAAACAAAAGAGCAAGGGAAAAAGGCUUAUGAAAUCAACAACCACUCAAGCGGAAGAUCUAAGAUCCUAUGGUUGUGUCUUGAAAAAAGAUUUCCGCUACUGUGACUUUGUUGAUUCUUUCUUAUUGACCGAGGCGACUAAGUCAAAGUCAGUUGAGAUGCCUGUGGAAGACACCUUACCUCGAAUUCAAAAGAUGCUCCUUCGCUCAGCUGCCUUCGUUCGGGAUGUAGAGAAGGAGAUCCCGAGCUUCCGUUCUAAAAUUGCAUCAAAAGAAAAGGAGCUUUAAACUUCUGCUACUCAAAUUUAGAUUUUGAAUACUACCUUAGCCUCGUUAUAAGAAGAUAAUAGGAAACUCCAAAAAAGUAUUAAAUCUUUGGAAGAGGAUAAGAAGACUUCAGCAUCUCGAGUUAAGGAUUUGAUGAAAAAGAAUGUUGAGAUAGAGAAGAACAACUCUACACUUGCCAAGACUGCUGAAAAUGCUGAACGAGCUGCUAUUGAUGGUAUUUUUGAUGCUGAGAAGAACCUCUUCAACGAAAUCAAGCUUUUGGCUCCUGAGUUGGACAUCUUCUCAGUUAGCGCUUUCAAAAAGGUCAUGGAUGGGCAAGUAGUAAAUAUUAUGUACUAAGUUAUUUUGCAUUUUGCAAUGUAUUUCCCUCCUUUCCGGAUAUUUUCCACUUUAACUUUGUGUUGGUUAAGCUUAUGUAACUGCCCUUUAAUUCUAGAUGUUUGAUCUCAUAUGACUGUUUUGAAUAACUUA